AUGGCCACGAUGACACACUGUAUGAUGUUUAUGCAGCAUUCAAGACGGCUAGAGAAGCUUGGAAAUCUCUUGGGAGAAAAUAUAAAACUAAAGAAGGCAAUUCGAAUUUUUGAAGACAUGGUCUAUCAUAGAGUAUCACCGAGUCACAUUUCAUUCGUUAGUGUCUUGGGUGGGUGUAGUCACGCUGGUCUUGUUGAAGAGGGGAAGAUGUUGUUUAAUUCUAUGGUAAAAGAACAUGGUAUAUAUCCCAGAGUUGAGCACGAUGCUUGUAUGGUGGAUCUGCUUGGUCGUGCCAAUUGGUUCGAUGAAGCAGCUAAAGUCAUAAAAGAUAUGCGGAUUGAACCAAGUGCUAAAGUUUGGGGUGCUCUUCUUGGAUCAUGUAGAAUACAUUGUAAUGUUGAGCUGGCGGAGAGAGCAAGUGAAAGGCUAUUUGAGCUUGAGCCUAGGAAUGCUGGGAAUGAUGUACUUCUAGCUGCUAUUUAUGCUGAAGCCAAGAUGUGGGAUGAGGUAAAAAGAGUGAAGAAGCUUUUAGAAGCUCGAGAACUACAAAAGGUCCCAGGUCGGAGUUGGAUUGAAGUUAAAAGGAAGAUAUACUCAUUCAUUUCGGUUGAUGAGUUUAACCCACAGAUGGAGAAGCUCCAUGCAUUGUUGACUGAAUUGUCAACAGAGAUGAAGGACAGAGGAUAUAAGCCGCAAACUAAAGUUGUCCUAUAUGAUCUUAAUGAGGAAGAGAAGAAACGAAUAGUAUUAGGCCAUAAUGAAAAAUUAGCAGUAGCAUUCGGACUCAUAAAUACCAAAGGGGGGGAAACUAUUCGGAUUUACAAGAACUUGAGGAUAUGCGAAGAUUGUCACUAUGUUACGAAGUUCAUUUCCAAGUUCGCUGAUAGAGAGAUUCUGCUUUGA